AUAGAUGGCCAUGAAGUGUCGCCUUAUGGCGUUCGUCUAGUCCGCGUUAUCUUGUUGAGCCCUACCGUAUUUCCAAUCGUAUUCGCUGGUUUAAUGGGAAGAUGCUUUAGAGCCAUUGGCCUGUACCUCUCUGAGCGAGGUAUUGAGAUUGCUACUCUGGAACAGCUCGUUGGAUGCCAGUCCAUGUUCGCCGCAUUAGAGCGAUUUAUAGGCCUUAAAGCCUUGAGUUUCAUCGGACUGCCGUUGACUCUAGUGUGGUUUCUCUCACCUCUCGGGGGCCAGGCAGCCCUUCGGCUGCUUCACACUUCAAGGGAAACCAUCCAAACGAGCGGAAACGUCAGCUAUGUCGAGCCGGACGCGUUCCUGGACUCAUUUCUUAUGGGUGCUAGCGACAUGAAUAGUGCUCGGUCGACAUAUACUUCCAUCUUCCUGUCCUCUCUCCUGAGUUCCGGAAAGUACCAAGACACUCCAAUGGAUCUGUGGGGAAAUGUUAAGGUUCCGCCAUUGACAUCAUUGCCCGAUACCGAUCUUGUCGAUGGCUGGCGAUUAAUAGACCGAAGUACCAACGCUACUACAUACUCUUCACUAAUCGGCGUUCCAAUUGCAAACAUCUCCGCCACGGGAACAACCGAAUUUAAUUUCCAGAGUCGGCAAUUUGACAUAAAUUGCACAAGCAACAAGCAAGUGAACGCAAGCACGGUCAACAUAACCGGAGCCGAAACCUGGGUGCUCCAAGCCAAGGACGCAAAAACGCCCUGCACGAAUUGGCCAUGUCCUAUCAUCCUUGGCAGCAUGGACUCCACGAGUAGUUCCGCCGACUCUGUCGCGGAUACGAAAAUAACGUACGCUGAGUGCGUGGUCGGCUUCAACCUCGUCGAAACAUCGAUCAGUUGCAACGGAACGUCGUGCAGGGCGGACAAGAUGCGGAACGUCUCGGAGCCAUUUAAUACCACUGUUGAAAGCCAAGCACAACAUCAGCUGUUCAACAGCUUCGCCUACCUCCCCACGACCGACAAUUUUGACGUCGGAUCGGCAGGCGCACGCGGGAGUACGAAUAUGGAGAAGUGGAUGGCUAAUCCCAACGACUUCAUCGGAGCGACAUACGUAUACGUUGAUCUCUGGCGUCUUUCCCCGGAUGUACUAGGCCAGCGGCUUGAGAUCCUUGUAAAUACGUUCUGGCAGUCAACUUUUGCAACGACCGCUCUGUCUGGAAAGCUCCCAUCAAACCUAACAUCGCUGCAAUAUUCUAGCCAAGGAGGCGAAGAGUCCCAGCUCUAUCCCGCUCUUUUCUUCAACACUUCCGCCGCUCUUCUGACCCAUGAAACACCAGAGAAGUAUCAGUGCGACUGGGCAUGGAUGGUCAGUCUUCUGGUUUGCUCGACUAUACUGCAGGUUGCCGCUUUAGCUGGCCUGGUGCUGCGGUAUAUGACCCUUGCGCCGGAUAUUCUUGGCUACGUAUCUUCGCACACGUUCUUGAAUCCAUACUUACCGGUUCCGACUGGUGGAACAACGCUGAGUGGGCUAGAGCGGACUGCGCUGCUGAAAGGAACGCACGUGAAGAUUGGAGAUGUCUGUUCCAAUUCUUCGGUAGGCGCGAUUGCGAUUGGAAGCGCAGAGAAUGGUAAUCUGGGGAGACUGAGUAGAUCACGAUGGUAUAUAUGA